AUGAAGACGACGUCUAUGAGAAUCAAUGGUUCACAAAAUCGACAUCAGUCGAGUUUAACGAAAUUCAUUAAAAAACCAUGCUUACUAACACUGCAUAUCAUGUGUACAUUGGUAAUUUUGACGAUAAAUUCAAGCUCUAGUUGGAUCAUUUUUUAUGAUUUAUAUGAACAAGUUCCUGGUCUAGUGUUUGAUAAAAUAUCGAUAUUUCUAAUCGUAGGUUAUAUAUUUCUCAAUGUUAUUGAACUGAUGCUAAGUAUCCUGGAACUAUUUCUCUGGAUAAACAUUAUAAAGAGGAGAUUCGUACUGUGGAUUCUUACUGACUGUGUAACUGUUUUGAAUAUUUUCUUAGCUGAAAUUCCAUUAGGUAUUCUAAAUGUUUAUGUCUGCGCUUGUCAAGAAUCUACCAUUUCAGUUGGCUUUCUGGCUAAGGGAGUAUUCAGUGUCUUGUUUAUAUGCUUUCGUCUGUUAAUCUGUUGUAUUUCAUAUAUCUAUGAAAAAUCGAACUAUAUGUACACUGGUUCGAUAAAUAAUUCACCGAAAGAAAGUGAUUGUUUACUUGGAAGUGAAAAAUUUGAUGAAGAGAUUGAUGAGAAUUGGUCCAGUCUAAUGGAAAAUUCAAUAUGGAAACAAAGUCACUGGUCGUUGAUUCGAUUCCUGUUAAUGACAGGUUUCCUUUCUUUAAUCAUUUAG